AUGAAGCAAGAAAGGUACGAUAUCCAUUGCGAUAGUCAGAGCGCAUUGGAUUUGAGUAAGAAUGCAAUGUAUCAUUCUCGCACGAAGCACAUUGAUGUCAGAUAUCAUUGGCUGAGUCAAGUAGUGGAAGAACAACAGUUCAAGUUGGAAAAGAUUCACACUGAUGAAAAUCCUGCUGACAUGAUGACGAAAGUUGUAACAGGAGGAAAGCUUCAACUUAUUGCCGAGUUGAUCGGCAUAGUUAAUAUUCCUCCUGAAUCAUUCUUUGACAAUGAGGAUGGGAGAUACUUGAGUGGGAUAGUUACUUCUGCGAGUCUCUUUGGAUUUGCUGCCGAUGAUAUCGAGGUCAAGGUCUAUAGUGUUGGGGGCACAAUGUUUGAUGGCAUUAUUGUAGGAUACGAUGCACACUACAAUCUGGCUAUAAUUAACAUUAUUUCUGAUGGGCAAAUGCCUGCUGCGACAUUGCGGCACUUAGAUGAUGCAGUCUCAGUACAUCCUGCGUUGGCUCAAUCUAGUCGGGACAAGUUACUGCAGCGUCCUCAUUCAAGGGAUUUUAGGAUUUGUGCAGGAGACAUGGUGGUCGCUUUGGGUCGUAAUUGCAAAAAUUUUGAUCUCAUGGCUGCCCCAGGCAAAUUUAGGUAA